CUUGUCAGGUUAAGCAGGAAGCACGUAUCCCUGGCUGUUUAAGGUUUUUAAUGAGAGGAAGUCACGGACUUGCAUCAAGACCGAUAACAUGUUUUGCUUCUCUCUUCUCUCGGCAGCGGGCUGCACGUUUGAUGAGGACUCCGACCCCAGUCUGUGCGAGUUCAGCCAAGGGGAGGAGGAUGACUUUGAUUGGCAGCUGUUCCGCAAUCAUGCCUCGCCACACUCCACCUCUGAUCUCCUGCGCGUUUCACACCGUGGACCUGUCCAUCUCGGAUGGCCUCCUACUGGCCUCAUCAGUGACAGCCGGAAAGAUGGCCCCCAUCGCAGCAUGCU